AUGCCGUCUAUGCCUCCAGUGGGAACUGCUUUUACUGUGUGUGAUGCGAUAGAAGUAUGGUAUUUGGACGACGGAACUAUUGUUGGUCCUCGUAAGGCGGUUUCUUCCCUCCUGGAUAGCUUGUCUGUAAAGGGUCCUUCCCAUGGAUUGAUCCUUAACUUGGAGAAGUGCGAAGUCUUCUGGCCCUCUGGAGAUAUUUCGUUUCCUGAGUUCCCGGAUAGUGUUCAAAGAGUGCAAUGCAUUUCUGGUGGAGCAGAGUUUUUAGGCUCUCCGGUAUUUGGAUCAGAUGCUUUUUAUGAUGCCACUUUUGGCAGGAAAAUUGACAAAAUUCUGUCAUGCCAAAGUCGUCUGACGGAUCUAGAAGACCCGCAGGUGGAGUUACACCUACUUAGAAGUUGCCUGAGCUUGUGCAAGGUUAAUCACCUUCUUAGAACAGUUCCGUCAGAGAAAGUAAAAUUUCAGCUCGAGAGGUUCGACAGCGAGUUGCGAAGCAGUCUGGAGGUGAUUUCUCGCUCAUCUGUAUCUGACGUCGCGUGGAAACAGGCCACAUUGCCAAUCCGUCUCGGUGGUUUGGGUUUGAGAGAAACCUGUAGAACUUCCGCACUCGCUUUCGUAGGCAGUUGCAAUUUUACACGGGAUUUGAGUAUUCGUCUCUUGGGGUGUGCUAAGCCACCUGUUUUGAGGAGCAGUGAAGGGCCAAUCACUAAUCCUGAUGUUCCAGAUCUGCUUUUCCCAGGUGAGGUAUCGUCUCGUGAACAGCUGCUGUCUACUCUCCUGUCUACCGCUGAUGUUGACCUCGGCGGAGCAAGUCAACAUGAUUUGCAAGAGAUUUUCGACAAGUCACUUUUAUCUGACAUUAAGAACUCAGUCAGUAUACGCGACCAAGCACGUCUAAACGCUAUAUCAACUCCUCAUGCAGGCGCAUGGCUGCGGGCAAUCCCUAACAGAAAUUUGGGCCUCGUCAUGUCUGCAGAGGAAUAUGUGAUUGCUUUACGUUUACGGCUAGGAAUUCCAAUUUUUCCUUCUCUCUCUACUAGAUGUCCAUGUGGGUCAAUAAUAGAUGCCUACGGAGAUCAUGUGUUAGGUUGCGGCUAUGGUAACCUGAGAAUUAAACGCCAUGAUGCGUUAUGUGAUGUCAUCUUUCACACACUACUUGAGGAUCACUCUGGCACUCGGAGAGAACAGCACUGUGGCGGAUAUAAUAAUUCUCGCCCAGGUGACGUCUACCACCCAGAUUUUCUACUUGGUCGUCCAGGAUAUUUUGAUAUCACAGUAAGGAAUUCCUUCCAGCAGUCUCACAUUGUCCACUCCGCUUAUUGUGCUGGUGCCGCUGCAGCAGCUGGAGAGAUGGAGAAAGACGAUCGUCAUAAAGACAACGUAGAGGCGACAGGAGGUGUUUUCUACCCGCUGGUAGUUGAGUCCUACGGAACGUGGACCUCCAGUAGCUUACAAACUUUAAAAACAAUUGCUAGAAGGACAUCUCUCCGUAGUAGUAUUACUGUUAGCAGGGCUAUCGUUAAUUUUCACGGGCAGCUCUCUCUCCGCCUUUGGCAAUUUAACGCUAGGAUGAUUUUGGACCGUUUGUCUUUGUUAGGUUUAGACAGAGACUACUCUGUUUGUUCUUCGUUGUGAGGCCCCUCUAGUGGAGGGGUAGCUAUUAUU